AUGGCUAAACAUCCAGUUGAAAUAUCAUUACCAGAAAAAAUUGUCAAACUAGCAAGUGGAAAUGAUUUUGUCUUGUUUCUUAGUGAAACAGGACAAGUUUAUUCAUGCGGUAAUGGAGAAACAGGUCAAUUAGGUCGACUUAAUCAUUAUGCAUGUGAAAAUGGUCGACGUGGUGGGAUCGAACGAUUAAUUACACCAGCACCUAUUCUUUAUAAUCGUUCAUCUAUUAAAGAAAAGAAAAUACUAUUUGAAGAUAUUUUCACAGGUGCACAUCAUUAUUUCUUAAAAGUACAAGGCCAACCUUAUAUACUUGCUGGUGGAUUAAAUAAUUUUCAUCAAAUCGGUUUACCAUCAACAGAUUCUGUCUUUUUUCCAACACAUAUACCAUCACUUGACGGUUAUCAAUGGAAAAAAUUUGCUGGUGGUCUACAUCAUACACUUGGUCUCACUACGACUGGUGAAGUUUAUGUGUUGGGACGUUGCCAUGAAGGUCAAUUAGGUAUUGAUGGUUUAACAACUCAUGUUGAUCAACCAACACUGAUUUCAAAUAUUCCAAAAGUUAUUGAUAUAGCUUGUGGAAAUCAUGUAUCAUUUAUAAUCGAUGAAACAGGCAAAGUCUAUUCAUUUGGUGCUGGUACAUCACUUCAACAUGGACAUGGAGAAGAUGAUAUAAAAAUUCCACGUAUAAUGUCAUCGAAAUUUAUGGAUAUUAAAAAAAUAGUUAAUGUAGCUGUUGGUGCUCAACAUACAAUUUUUCUCACUAAAGAAUAA